AUGAGCUGGACUACAUCGGUCGUUACCACUGCAACAGCAGACACAGAGCCUUCUGUGGUCCUCGCGUUCGAAAAUCCAUCGUACAAAUAUAUCUUCAACGUUUCCGAAAACGCAAACCGGGCUUUCACGCAGAAAAAGGCACAUAGGCGGAAGACUAGAGUAUUCUUCUUCACUCAGUCCUCUGCAGAACGCAUGGGUGGUCUGGCUGGCAUGCUCAUGUCGUCCGCCGACCAAGGCCUUCAGAAUCUCGAUGUCAUUGGCCCUCAAGGUAUGACUCAUGCCGUUGCUUCGAUGAGGUUUUACAUCUAUCGCAAUUCGAUGAAAGUAAAUGUCCAAGACGUCCCCUUGUCGAAUGAUCUAUCAAAUACUCCACCAUUCACCUACCAGGACAAGAACAUCACUGCUUACAGUUUUCCAAUAGUCCACUCGUCGCAUGAACUGAUCAAUCCAAUGCCUGUCGAUUCUGAACAAUCGCCUCUCUCUCGAAAGCGCAAACGUGAAGCCGACCCAAAGGCUGACCUGGAAGAACUGAUGCGGGAGGAGCAAUUCUCGCCCUCGAAACUUCAAGGCGCAAUGGCUGACGAGUGGCGGAAGCUGAUGAUCAAGACGAUGUUUCCAGCCUCAAGUGUGGGGCCGUCGCCUCCCUCAUCGACACCAAUCAAGGGAUGCCCACUCAAAAAACGUCGUCGUGGACCAAAAUUUGAACCUAUUUUUGUUUUUGAAGAACCGGACCAGAUUGAAACCCAUACACGCCCGAGGAUCCCAGCUGGCUUCCAUAAGCAGCUUCCCACAUUUGAGCCUUGUUGGCCAACUCAUUCACCACCAGCUUUGGCCUACGUUGUUAUCGGACCUGUUGUUCGAGGCAAGUUUGAUGUUGAAAAGUCACUGGCUUUAGGUGUGCCUGUGAACCGUCGCUCGUGGCUGACAGAUGGGCGUUCGAUCGUGGUCAAAGUACGCGAGGGAGAUGAGAUCGUUGAGAAAACUGUGCAACCGGAAGACUGCAUUGGCCCGUCUGAACCUCCACCGGUUGCUAUCGUUCUGGAUGUACCGUCUCCAGAAUACGUUACAUCGCUCGUCAACACGUUUCAAACCUCGCCUUUCUAUGCUCAAUUUCGUUCUAUGCAUCCAGCAGACACGGCCAAGUACGCAGUCCGCCCUGUCUUUCACCUAUGUGGCGCCGGAGUCCUCGAAGACCCUCGCUACGUUGAGUUUAUGAACGGUUUCCCGCCCACAGCCCACCAUAUUAUUUCUUCUCGCGAAUACGGCCGCGAUCCUAUCACUUUCACAACCGCAUCCUUCAAUCAGCUUCGCCUCCAUCAGCUCGACCCACAAAUGUUUCCUGUGCCACACUUCUCGCUUACUCCGCUCCGCAGUUUGUCUGCCAUCCACGAUCUUCCGACACAAACUCUGCUUAUGGAGCCCAGCUUACAAAUGAGCGUUCGUCCAGCGGGGGCUCCCGAAUAUGGAAGGUUGCCUGCGGAACGGAAGGAUUAUUUCCAUCCAGCUGCAGCCAAUCCCGAUCUGCUGAUGCUCUCGCCCUCGAUGCUUCAAAAAUUUGCCCAAAUGCAAACAAAGGUGAUGGAGAUAGCGCCUCCAGCACUCCCUGUUCGCGGUGCCGAUGUCCAAGUCAUUCCGUUAGGAACGGCGAGUGCCGUGCCAACCUCAUCCCGCAACGUUUCAUCAACUCUGAUUCGCAUUCCUUCACGAGGUUCGAUCCUCCUGGACGCAGGCGAGGGCACUUUUGGUCAACUUGCUCGACAUUUUGGCCCUGAGCUUGAUGAUGUUCUUCGCGACUUGCGUUGUAUCUUUGUCAGCCACAUUCACGGCGACCAUCACAUGGGCGUUGCGAAAAUUUUACUCAAACGACGACAACUCAAUCCGCAACCGAUGCAACCUCUUUAUCUUGUCUCAAUCCACAAGCUGCACUUAUAUCUACGCGAGCUAUCCCAAAUCGAGGAUCUAGCCGUUGGCGAUGGCUCUCCCAAUGGCGUGGUUACGGUCAUUAGCGAUGCGCUACACUAUAAGCAGUCGGGCGAGUAUGUCACGCACGGAAUGUGGGCAAUUGAAGGCGCAGAACCCUGGACCGACUAUGAGCGUUCCACCGCUGCUUGCAUGCGACUUUGUGUUGCUCUUGGUCUGCAUAGUUUCACCACGAUCGACGUCUUCCAUCAAGUCAAGUGUUACGGCGUUUGCAUUCGCAGUCAAGAUGGCUGGAGUAUUGUUUUUUCUGGUGAUACUCUACCCACCCCGUCUCUGAUCCGUGGUGGCAAAGGCGCGACUCUACUCAUUCACGAAUCUACGAUGGGUGACGGAGAAGAAGAAAUGGCGCUUUGCAAAGCGCAUAGUACUGUUGGACAAGCGAUCGAUAUCGGGCGAAGAAUGGGCGCCGAAAACAUCCUGCUGACUCACUUUUCUGCCCGAUAUCCAAGACUCCCACCCAAGUCACGUGGUGGUAUUGACCCAAGCAACAUCAAUGGCUGGCCAGGUAAACGCGAGCCAGUGGUGGCACUGGCGUUUGAUCAUCUACACCUGACACUGGGAACCGUAUCAAGGCUAGCAAUGUACUUGCCAGUGAUUCAGCAGGCAUUUGCAGAGACGUUGGAGGAGGAUGACGAAGAAGAGACAAAGGUUGCGCUUGCUGCUGACAGACACCAUUAA